UCGUCGUCGUCGUCGUCGUCGUCGUCGUCGUCGUCGUCGUCGUCGUCGUCGUCGUCGUGAUUGUGUUCGUCGACCCGCGCGAGGGCCGAGGCGCGGGGCGGCCGCUCCCUACAGGGUCGCCCAGGCGCAGGGGGGCAGGCCGCGCCGGGGCGCGCUGGCGCGCGCGAUGGCGGCCGCGGCGCCAGUGGCGCCAGAGGCGGCGUAGGGGCGGCUGAAGGGGCGGCUGGCCCAGCUGCGGCCAUCGCCGCCCCCAAUGGCGCAGAUGACCCGGCGCGACGACACGCGGGGCGCCUCGCCAACUCGCAAGGACCGGAGGGAGGUCUUGGCCGACGUGUUCGACGCGCCAGCUGCCGGCGUCUCGGCGGAGUCCCAGGCGCGGUCGCGCAUCGAGGCCAUGAUCCACGAGGGCGACCUCGAGCUGGCGAAGAUGAAGGCCGACCUGAUCAACCGCCUCACGACACACGGCGGUGGCAGCUUCCUGCGGGGCUGGCGGUGCCACAUGGACCCGGACGGGGACCUGAAGGUCGAGUUCCGACACUUCUGCGAGGCCGCGGUGCGCAUCGGCUUCGGCGGCGACGUGCACCUGCUCUUCGGUGGCGAGAAGGCGAUGAUGAACUCGCUGAGCCUCGCGGAGGUGGCCCCGAAGCAGGGCGCCUUGCUGGACCGCUUCCGGUGCUGGGUCUGCGAGCAGUUCGGGUCGCCCGCCGACAUGUUCGAGAAGCUGCAAGACAGCCCAGAGGUGCCGAAGGUGACCAGGGACCACUUCCUCCUCGCGAUCUCGAACAUGGGCUUCGAGGCCUCCGCAAAGGACCUCAUCGAGAUCUUCGAGUGUUGCGACGUGGGCGGCAACAACGGCCUCUCGCUCGACGAGGUGCUUUUCCUCGAGAUGGACGACCAGGUGCGCCAGCAGGAGCGCCUGAAGAACCGCAUGAAGUCCGUACAGGACUGGAGGCAGAAGGUGACCUCCAACUACGUGCAGGAGUGCGCCCUGGCGCCCACGAGCCGCCUCGCGAGCCGGCCGUGGCAGUCGCCCCUCUUCGAGCGCGUGCCCCAGG